CUCUGGUGGAGUCUGCGUGGGACUGUGUGAGUGGCUGUCACUUCCUGUAGAAGUUCCCUUCCCAUCUGCUCAGCUCCAGGACCUCACCAUGCCCACCUCCUUCACCGAACUGGAUCUAGAGAAUUUUGAGUAUGAUGAAUCUGCUGAGGCCUGUUACUUGGGCGACAUUGUGGCCUUUGGGACCAUCUUCCUGUCCGUCUUCUACUCCCUCGUCUUCACCUUCGGUCUGGUGGGAAAUGUGUUGGUGGUCCUCGCCCUCACCAACAGCCGGAAGCCCAAGAGCAUCACCGACAUCUACCUCCUGAACCUGGCCUUGAGCGACCUGCUCUUUGUGGCCACCUUGCCCUUCUGGACCCACUACCUCAUCAGCCAUGAGGGCCUCCACAAUGCCAUGUGCAAGCUCACGACUGCCUUCUUCUUCAUUGGCUUCUUUGGGGGUAUAUUCUUCAUCACGGUCAUCAGCAUUGACCGGUACCUCGCCAUCGUCCUGGCCGCCAACUCCAUGAACAACCGGACAGUGCAGCACGGUGUCACCAUCAGUCUGGGCGUCUGGGCGGCAGCCAUCUUAGUGGCGUCACCCCAGUUCAUGUUCACAAAGAGAAAGGACAAUGAAUGUCUGGGUGACUACCCCGAGGUCCUGCAGGAAAUCUGGCCUGUGCUCCGCAACUCGGAAGUCAACAUCCUGGGCUUCGCCCUGCCCCUGCUUAUCAUGAGCUUUUGCUACUUCCGCAUCAUCCGGACGCUGUUUUCCUGCAAGAAUCGCAAGAAGGCCAGAGCUGUAAAGCUCAUCCUUCUGGUGGUCGUUGCCUUCUUCCUCUUCUGGACACCGUACAACAUCAUGAUUUUCCUGGAGACUCUCAAAUUCUACAACUUCUUCCCUAGUUGUGACAUGAAGAGGGACCUGAGGUUGGCCCUCAGCGUGACGGAGACAGUGGCGUUCAGCCACUGUUGCCUCAACCCUUUUAUCUAUGCCUUUGCUGGGGAAAAGUUCAGAAGAUACCUGAGACACCUGUACCGGAAGUGCCUGGCCAUCCUGUGCGGUCAUUCAGUCCACGCCAACUUCCCGCCAGAGUCCCAGAGGAGCAGGCAGGACAGCAUUCUGAGCAGCUUCACUCAUUACACAAGUGAGGGAGAGGGAUCUCUCCUGCUCUGAAGGGGUCUCCCCGACCCUAACUCCACUAAGAACCCAAAGUCUUUGCAUCUGACUCUAUAAUGAAGACAGACUCCCCCAACCCCACUGCUCCCACUGCAUCUUAUGUGCAAGAAAUAUAGACCAGUUGCCUGCAAAUCAACCCCAUGAUGUUUUUGAAAAAAAAAAAAUUAUGUUCAACGUGUGAAAAACACACGUAUCUCUUACUGCAAAUGUUGGACAUUGGGGCUUACCAGUGACAAAGAUUCUAACCAGAUUAGUGCAAUUACGAAGGGGUUGGUGAGUCCUGAUUGCAUGAUCAUGUGGUAAGGCGUGACUAAGUCCUCAGACUAAGUGGGAACCAAGGCUUGGAUCCAAUGUCCCCUCUCUGACUAAGUCAGACUAAGUGGGAACCAAGGCUUAGACCCAAUGUCCCCUCUCUGACCUUCAAAUCAUUCAUAGUGACAGGUCAUCCAGACUUUAUCAUCAGAAAAAGACCUCAUCCCCCUCUGAUUUCAAAAUCGGCAUCCCCAGGGAAUGCCUCCAUUGGAGUUGUUGGGUGUGUGUUGGUGCCCAUUGGAGUGUGUUGGGUGUCCAUCCCUUGACUAGGUGGUGUUAUUGAAACAGAAGGGAUACCUAAAAUGUUGUUGGAAUCUCAAGGUUAGCGGUUGAGAGAGGCAUAUCUCUAAGAAGUUGGAGGGUGGGCACUACACUGACAAGACAGAACAAGAAUGGCUUAUCUGCCUUACCAUGGAGCUCUCAGGUUCCCCCUCAGUAACCAACAGUGUCUAUUGCCAGAUUCCUCAUCAAGCCUCUCUUGAGAAUGUCCUGAACUCUCCAAGGGUUAGGGUUUGGGUUACUGCCCACAGCAUUAAAUGCAAUCUCAAGAUCCUGGCCUCUGAGACCAGGAAGAUAGGAUGCAGUUCUAACAAGAGACUCCAUGCUGACUCUUCAUUGUAACAGGACUCUGUCCACACGGUUGGCCAGGUCCCUUCCAUUAGCUUUCACCCACAUCCCUCCACCCCUCCCAGCCCCAGGGGGAGAAAUAGAAAGCUCCAUGCCCCAGAGUGACGGGAUAGAGUCAGAUCCCAACUCUGCUGCUUGCAUGUUGGGGAGACUGGAGCCAACGGAGCUCCAGUCCCCUCAGUGUAGAAAAGGGACCACGGUGCCUUCAUCCAUUCUAGUGUGGCACAUCAGCCAGGACUUUAGCAUUCCCUGGAUCCGACGCUGUUGCCCUGUCUCUGAAAAUGGAGCAGGUUGGAAUGGGAGGAACCUGCAGGUUCUGCUGCAGGACACAGACAGACAAGAGGAAAUUCACUCCUACAGUGUCCCCCAACAUGUGCCUAGAUCUACAGAGCCAUUCCCAUCUCCCCGCUGUCAGGGCAAGACCCAAGCCACGAGAGCAGCUUGCUUUCUCCCCGACCCUGCAAACAUCAUGUAGGAUCUAACCAUAGGAAUGACUUCAUGCAUUCACUGACUCACGUCUCAUGUAUAGGCUCACACUGAGAGUUCCAGUUCUGUAACUUGCUUUUAAAAUAACACUGGAUCUUGAACAGCUCUCUGUCCCUGUGUAGACCAUAAUAACCAUUUCAGAAGUCUCUCCCAGAUGGUGGCCCCAUUGAGGAAGCUGUGGCCUGUUGCUCAUUGCAGCAUGUCUGAUAUCUCCUCGGCAGUCUGUAUGUUUGUGUCGAGGAUGACAGACAGACUGAGUCAUGUCCCCCACAAGCAUGUCCAACCUUUUGUCAUUGCGACAGGACGCUGUCAUAUACAAAGGUCACAACUGAGAACCUCAAAAUUGAGUUACUGAAGUGGGGGCCUGGAGAGAUGGCUCAGUGGUUAAGAGCACUGGCUGUUCUUCCAGAGGUCUGGGGUUGGAUUCCCAGGACCCACAUAGUGGCUCACAAUGGUCUAUAACUCCAGUUCCAGAUGACCCAACACCCUCUUCUAAUUUCUGAGGGCACAGGACAUGUGCAUUGUGCACAGAUGUACAUUCAGGCAAACACUCAUAUAUACAAAAUAAGUUUUAAAAAAACAAAGAAAGGAAGGAAGGAAGGAAGGAAGGAAGGAAGGAAGGAAGGAAGGAAGGAAGGAAGGAAGAAAAAGAAAAAAAGAAAAAUUGGUUUUUCAGGAUAGGUUCUCUAUGUAGCCUUGGCUGUCCUGAAACUCUCUCUGUAGAUCAGGCUGGUCUCGAACUCAAAGAAAUCCUCUUUGAGUUUCUGCCUCUGCCUCCUGAGUACUGGGAUUAAAGGUAUGUGCCACCAUGGCAGGCUUAGUAAAUUUUUUAUUUUAAAAGUAUCAUAUAAUGUUUUAAGUAAGUUUAUGCUUUGGUGUUUGACUGUAUUUACUGCUGUCCCAGGUGCCAUGGUUAAAUGUGCCUACAGUGCAUCUAUUUCACUUGUAAUUCUGUCAAUAAACAUUGGGUUUCCUUCCAGCUUUUAGCAAGU